AUGACUUCUCUGAUAUUCGGGUCCAUCUACUUAGGCCACAAAGGCAUCAUCAAUCAUCGGCGCGAAAAGCAGAGGCAAAAGAACUAUCAACGAUGGGAGGGAUUGCGGGAUGAGUACGAUGAGCAACGGAAGAUUGGUCGAGAAUCAAGAUCUUUGGACAUUCAACGCACAGGUGCAGAUUAUGAUGACGAUCGACCUGUUUUGACUCUACGAGAUCAGCAAGAAGCAAAUGACGCUCGCACAAGUUGGCGACCACAGGAAAGCUUCGAUGGCUCGGCAUCAUCCCAAGCCGAUCGACGUACCAGUGUCGAAGUCGCAUCUGGCUCCGGUCUCAGGCCACUGAUGCAACAAAACAAAACAGGCUCCACCUGGGAUGACGGCCUUCCACAGCGCUUGCGAGUCAGUCGGCGCAACUGGGACGAUUACCAGCCCUCGAAUUUGAGCGGAAACGUCAGUCGGAGUGGCAGCGUCCGGGAGAAAAGCACGACCGACACCCCAGCUCGGGAAAGGAGCGCAAGCAAAACACCUCCUUCGGUGAACAAGCAACCAUCACCACAGCCAGAUUUCUCAACCCAACCCACAUCCUAUCGUCCCACCGACCAUCGAAGUGUCACUUCACCGGCACAGAUGACGCACCAGCCAGAAGUCAAAGCCAUCGAGUAUUCGACACCAGGCGGACUCAUGGCCGAAUUGAUCGAGUCUGGAAAUUCGUCACAACCACAAUCGCAACCACAGCAUCAGCAAAGUCAUUUUCACCCACAUCAACAGCAGACACCUUUCCCCCAAGCCUACCACCAUGCCUCUUACUCUCACCCACAGCAGACCUCUUACUCGCCUCAACCGCAGCAAACUCCUUUUUCUCCUCAGCCACUGCCCCAACAGACAGGAGCGUAUGGAGGUUUCCAGCCGAAUUCUUAUGGUGGCACAGCUCCCGCACCAGCACAACCCUCGCAACCUCAGAACGGAGGCAUGCAAGAGUGGUGGAACCGUCCUUUGUAA